AGACUCACACGCUCAUCUCGCGUGGAGGGCUCGUGCCCUUUUCUUCCUCCUGCCAUCGCCGGCUGUGAGAGAGAGAGAGAGAGAUGGACUCAUCUCUCCUCCUGAUGCUAUCAAACCUCAUCCACCUCCAAAACCAGCUAGACCCCACCACUUCCCUCUUAUCGGAGCCGAACACCUCAUCCCCUCUCUCUUCCUCAUCCUCCACCUCUGCCGCUCCACUCCUCUUCUUUACCAUCGCUUCCGUCCUUUCCUACGCCUCCUCCGCUCUCCUCCACCGAUCCACCUCCUCCUCCUCCCCCCCUUCCUCCCCCACCAAAGAUGACGUUACCAUCUCCGCCUUCCGUUCCCUCUCAACGGACCGGAUCUGGUCCAUGGACCCACUCGCCCGCGAUGCUCAGUGGCGCUCCUCCUACGGCCUCUCCUAUCCCGUCUUCUCCUCCCUCGUCGACCACCUCAAGCCUCACAUCCUCCGCUCCAAUCUCUCCAUCCCAGCCGAUUACGCUGUAGCCAUGGUCCUCGCCCGUCUGGCCCACGCCCAUCCACCGUCCCGCCUCGCCCGGUCCCACAACCUUGAUCCCUUCCUCGUCUCCAAGAUCACUAACAUGGUCACCCGUCUCCUCUCCACCAAGCUCUACCCUGACUUCAUCAAGAUCCCGGUGGGCCACCGCCUUCUCCAGACCAUCCACGCCUUCCGUGACCUAACCUCCCUCCCUAACAUGUGUGGCGCCAUCUCAGGCUCUCCCGUCCGUAUCUCCCGCCUCCCCGACCGUGGCGAUGUUGAUCCCUCUGCCUACCUCUCCCGCCACGGCUUCCCUGCUGUCCUCCUCCAGGCCGUCGCCGACCACCGCAAGAUUUUCUGGGACGUCUGCGUCAAGGCCCCUGGCGCCGCUGAUGACGUCUCCCACUUCCGUGACAGCCUUCUCUAUCAGCGCCUCACCUCUGCUGAGAUCCUCCGUGACUCCGUCGUCACCGUCCGUGGUCACCAUGUACGCCCCUACAUUACCGGCGACAACCGCUACCCGCUGCUGUCCUUCCUUCUUACCCCCUUCUCCCCCCCUGAUGGCGGUGGCAGCGGUGCCCCUGCGCAGAACCAGUUCGACGCUGCGCUUGCACGUGGUCGUGCGGCAGUUGAGCAAGCCAUCGGGCUGCUGAAGGGGCGGUGGCGGAUCCUGCAGGACCUGAACGUUGGCCUCAACCAUGCUCCACAGACAAUUGUUGCGUGCUGUGUGCUGCAUAACAUAUGCCAGAUUGCGGGGGAGCCGGAGCCAGCCCUGUUUAAAGACCCGAAGGAGAUGGGGCCGCCCGCUCGGGUAUUGGAGAGUGAGAAGUCGUUACAUUAUGUUGGGGAGAAGUUGAGGCAGGCCAUGGCGGAUGAUCUACAAGAGAGGCAACAACGGCUUUCAUCAAGGUAACAGCAGUAAGAAGCUCCGCAAUGGCAUCUUGUGUAUAAUGUAUGCCAUGAUAUGUAAUACAUGUGGAUUUUUGCCAUGCUGCAGGCAUCAUUAGUAUGCAUGGGAGUAAUUCUAGGAUAGAUAACCAGAAAGCCCAGGAGAGAGCCCCUUAGGAGAAAAUGAGAUUUGGCUGUUUGUAUUGUAACUGGGCAGAUGACAUCCAGCUGAGGUUGGUUUCUGUGGCACUGAUUAUUGUAGAGAGUGAGAGAGCUUUGUGAAAGGGAACCAAGUCCGGUAGCUUUUACUCACAUCUCCAUUUUUCACGUACCUUUUUGUCCGUGUAUCUUCAGUCUUCAGUUAAAUCCCAAUUUUUGGGUCUUGAGAAUCCUUUCAUGGAU